AGGAUACGCUGAUACUAUGGAUACCCAGCGUCUUUUUCCACGUUAAAAAAAAAAAAACUUCACCAUGAAGGAUAAAAGUAAAACGCGGAGUUGGGAGAGGGAGAGUUAAUGCUUUUCCGCAGGAGUUUCGGUGAAGUUGAAUGGGAUCUGGCAGGUUUACAAGCAUGGAGCUACCGAUGUGUGGUUGGAUUUGGGUUUGUGUCCUGUUCGCGGUGCCGCUUGCGGAGUGUUUGGAGAUGCACCUUUCAGAGACUUCACAGCCCGGGAGCCUUUUGGCCAACUUGUCGCUCGGCCCUGGAUGGACUUAUAAACUUGACAGGACUUUAUCCCCAAAAGUCAUGCAGAGCUUUUUCCACGUUGGGAGGCUCGAUGGGGUUAUCCGUCUGUCCCACAGAGUUCAGUGUGCACGCACACCCAGGAACCCUGCGCCUGUUUAUUUCAGAACAAUUUCCUCCGCGUCGGGAGACGUUAUCCUGACGCACUUUAAUGUGUUCGUUCAUGGCCAGGACUGUUUUAUAAAAUACAAGAGAAAGAAAGCGUCAGGUAAGCCAGACAUUCACAUAAAACACCUUUCAAAACUGGAGGCAACUUCCUGCUUACCUGCAGGUACGUUGUUUUUGAAUGUAACAAAACUUUUACCCACCUUCACGCGAAACACUGCCUUUUUGAAUACUCAGUGUGUUGGAAAGAACUUUAUUGGGGUGUUCAGACAUGGAGAUUUAUUCCUGGACAGUGACUUAUGUCUUAAGCACAGUGCACUGCCCGAGGUGAAACUGCACUGCGCGCUGCGCAGCUCCCCGGGCAGCAGACUCUCUGUGCAGCUUAAUUUGGCGCUUGUAAAAGUGCGCAAACAACACGAAAGCCUACCAGAAACCAUCCAGAGGAAGUCUGGCAAAUUGAUCAGAAGGGGGAAACGGCAGGUUAAUACAUCUCCCCAGUUCCAGCUCCCCAACUAUCAGGUGUCCGUGCCCGAGAAUGAGCCCGCCGGCACGCGAGUUAUCACCCUGAAAGCAACGGACCCGGAUGACGGAGAGGCUGGGAGGCUGGAGUACAGCAUGGAAGCUUUGUUUGACAAAAGGUCUGAUGACUUUUUCUACAUUGACUCACAGACAGGAAGCAUAACAACCAUCCAGGCUCUGGACAGAGAAGUCAAAGACACCCAUGUGUUCAAAGUUACUGUGACUGACAGUGGCACCCCCAAAAGAUCUGCCACUUCUUACCUCACUGUCACUGUAAGCGACACCAAUGACCAUAUCCCUGUGUUUGAGCAAACUGACUAUCGAGUUAGUAUCCGGGAGAAUGUAGAAGUGGGCUUUGAGGUGAUGACAAUCCGGGCCACUGAUGGCGAUGCGCCCUCCAACGCCAACAUGAUUUAUAAAAUUGUGAACGCUGAAGAAGUCAACUCUGUGUUUGAAAUUGACCCCCGGAACGGUCUGGUGAGGAUCAGAGAGCGGCCUGACAGGGAGACCCAGGCCCAGUACCAGCUGAUUGUUGAAGCCAAUGAUCAGGGGAAGGACCCGGGUCCUCGCAGUGCCACCGCCACAGUUCACAUCUCUGUGGAAGAUGAAAAUGACAACUACCCACAGUUCACUGAAAAGAGGUACGUUGUGCAGGUCCCAGAGAAUGUGCCAGUCAACACCAAAGUCAUCCAGGUGGAAGCGACAGACAGAGAUGAGGGAAACAAUGCCAAAGUUCACUACAGCAUCAUCAGUGGCAACAUUAAAGGGCAGUUCUACAUUCACUCCCCCACUGGGGUUAUUGAUGUCAUCAAUCCUCUUGACUAUGAAAUGAUUCGGGAGUAUAAUUUAAGGAUCAAGGCUCAGGAUGGAGGCAGGCCCCCACUGAUAAAUGGCACAGGGAUGGUGGUGGUGCAGGUGGUGGACGUCAAUGACAAUGCACCCAUGUUUGUCAGCACACCUUUCCAGGCCACAGUUUUGGAAAACGUGGCCAUCGGUUACUCUGUCAUCCACAUUCAAGCAAUUGAUGCUGAUUCAGGGAAAAAUUCUCUUCUGGAAUACCGGCUCACUGACACCGCACCUGGUUUUCCAUUCACCAUCAACAACAGCACAGGCUGGAUUACAGUAAACGAGGAGCUUGACAGGGAGACCACUGAAUUUUACACCUUCGGCGUGGAGGCGAGAGAUCACGGGACACCAAUGAAGUCCUCCUCUGCCAGUGUCAGCAUCACGGUGCUGGAUGUGAAUGAUAACGUGCCCACAUUUACAGAGAAGACCUACUCACUGAAGAUCAAUGAAGAUGCUGUGGUGGGUACCAGCGUGCUGACAGUGACUGCUGUGGACAGGGACGUUAACAGCGUGGUAACAUAUCAGAUCUCUAGUGGCAACACCAGAAACCGCUUUGCCAUCACUAGCCAGAGUGGCGGCGGCCUCAUCACCUUGGCCCUUCCCUUGGACUACAAGCAGGAGCGCCAGUACGUCCUGACAGUCACCGCCAGUGAUGGGACACGUUACGAUACCGCUCAGGUGUUCAUCAACGUCACUGAUGCCAACACGCACCGGCCUGUCUUCCAAAGUGCCAAUUACCAGGUGUUUCUCAGUGAAGAAAAACCAGUGGGCACCACUGUGGCGGUGAUCAGUGCGACAGAUGAGGACACCGGGGAAAACGCUCGCAUCACAUAUGUGAUGGAAGACAAUGUUCCUCAGUUUAAAAUUGACCCAGAUACAGGUGCCAUCACAACGCAAAUGGAGAUUGACUAUGAGGACCAGGCCUCCUACACUUUAGCCAUCACCGCCAAAGAUAAUGGCAUCCCUCAGAAAUCUGACAUCACGUACGUAGAGAUCAUCAUCCAAGAUGCUAAUGAUAAUGCUCCUCAGUUUCUCAGAGAUAUCUACCAGGGGAGUGUACUUGAGGAUGCACCUGUCUACACCAGUGUGCUCCAGAUAUCUGCUUCAGACAGAGAUACUGGGACCAAUGGCAGGGUGAGCUAUACAUUUCAAGGUGGGGAUGAUGGAGACGGGGAUUUUUUCAUAGAGACUUACUCUGGCAUCAUCAGAACCGCUCGCAAGCUGGACCGGGAGAAUGUUCCUGUUUACAAUCUGAAGGCCUUUGCUGUGGAUAAGGGUGUUCCGCCUCUGAGAGCUGCUGUCUCUAUUCAUAUUGUAGUCCAAGAUAUAAAUGACAAUGCUCCAGUGUUUGAGAAGGAUGAGCUUUUUAUUGACGUGGAGGAGAACAGCCCAGUGGGAUCAGUCGUGGCCCAUAUCACUGCCACUGACCCCGAUGAGGGCACCAAUGCUCAGAUCAUGUAUCAGAUCGUAGAGGGGAAUAUUCCAGAAGUGUUCCAACUGGAUAUUUUUAACGGAGACCUCACUGCACUUACAGAUUUGGAUUAUGAGGCCAAAACUGAGUAUGUCAUAGUGGUCCAGGCCACAUCAGCACCGUUAGUGAGCCGCACCACUGUGCACGUCCGCCUACUAGAUAUGAAUGACAAUGAGCCAGUGCUGCAGAACUUUGAGAUUAUCUUUAACAACUAUGUCACCAACAAGUCCAACAGUUUUCCAUCUGGAAUAAUAGGAAAAGUUCCAGCUCAUGAUCCGGAUGUGUCGGAUAAGCUGCGUUACAAGUUCGAAUCUGGAAAUGAGCUCAGUCUGCUGCUUUUGAACGAAGACACCGGAGAUCUGAGGUUGAGCAGGGAUUUGGACAAUGACAGGGCCCUGGAAGCACCCAUGACCAUUUCAGUUUCAGAUGGUAUCCAUCGUGUUGUUGCCCUCUGCACGCUGCGUGUCACUGUCAUCACUGAUGACAUGCUGACAAACAGCAUCACAGUGCGUCUGGAGAACAUGUCCCAGGAGCGUUUUCUUUCUCCCUUGCUCAGCCUCUUUCUUGAGGGGGUGGCAGAUGUGCUUUCCACCAAACGGGAAGCAGUGUUUGUGUUCAACAUACAAAACGAUACCGACGUUCAAGGCUCCAUCCUCAACGUGACCUUUUCGGCACUGCAGCCCGGAGGCGCCCCCGGUAAAGGCAUGUUCUUCCCUUCUGAGGAGCUGCAGGAGCAGAUCUACCUCCACAGGACUCGGCUCAGGCUCAUAUCCACUCAGGAGGUGUUGCCAUUUGACGAUAACAUCUGCCUGCGAGAGCCCUGCGAGAACUAUAUGAAGUGUGUAUCAGUGCUGAAGUUUGACAGCUCCCCUCCCUUUAUCGCCUCUGACACGGUUCUGUUUCGGCCCAUCCACCCCGUCAAUGGGCUGCGCUGCCGUUGCCCAGUUGGUUUCACCGGGGAAUACUGUGAGACCGAGAUCGACCUCUGCUAUUCAGGGCCCUGCAAGAACAACGGGAGGUGCCGUAGCAGAGAGGGCGGAUACACCUGCGAGUGCCUGGAGGACUUCACAGGCGAGCACUGUGAGAUUAAUGCAUCAUCAGACCGGUGUGUACCCGGUGUGUGCAAGAAUGGCGGCAAAUGCAUCAACCGGCUCGCAGGUGGUUUCAUGUGCGAAUGUCCAGCAGGCGAGUAUGAGAAGCCCUACUGUGAGAUGACCACCCGCAGCUUCCCUGGACAGUCCUUCAUCACCUUCAGAGGCCUGAGGCAAAGGUUCCACUUCACCGUCUCCUUCAUGUUUGCUACCAGAGAAAGAAAUGCCCUGCUUCUCUACAACGGCAGGUUCAACGAGAAACAUGACUUCAUCGCCCUGGAGAUCAUCAAUGAGCAGAUUCAGCUCACCUUCUCGGGAGGUGAGACAAAGACCACAGUGGCUCCCUACAUCCCAGGUGGAGUCAGCGACGGUCAGUGGCACUCAGUCCAGCUCCAUUACUACAACAAGGACGGGGGGAGUCUGGUGGACUCCAGCGGAGCUCUGCGGCUCCCUCUCUAUACCGCCUGGCUGGAGCUCAAUCAGAAGGAGCCUAACUUUAGGACCCUGGGCAACCCUUUCGGACCCUCUGGAGAAAAAGUGGCCAUGGUCGCCAUUGAUGAUUGCGACAUAUCCAUGGCAAUUCGCUUCGGAAAGCAGAUCGGGAACUAUUCCUGUGCCGCACAGGGUACCCAGAUUGGACAGAAGAAGUCAUUGGACUUAACAGGGCCGCUGUUACUGGGUGGGGUUCCCAACCUGCCAGAGGACUUCCCAGUCAGGAACAGGAACUUCGUGGGCUGCAUGAGAAACCUGCGCAUCGACAGCAAACCCAUCGACAUGGGCAGCUUCAUCGCUAACAACGGCACCACAGAAGGUUGUCCAGCAAAGAAAGACUUUUGCACAAGUGAUGUGUGUCAGAAUGGAGGAACAUGUGCCAGCAAGUGGAACACUUACAGCUGUGACUGCCCCACUGGUUAUGGUGGCAAAAACUGUGAGCAAGUGAUGCCAUCUCCUCAGUUCUUUGAUGGCCAGGCACUGGUGUCCUGGAGCGAGCCGGACAUCACAGUCGCUGUUCCCUGGUACAUUGGCCUAAUGUUCCGCACCAGGCAGCCUGCUGGCACCCUCAUGCAGGUCAAUGCUGGGCCUUCCUCCACCAUCAACCUCAUGGUGAGUGAGCAGCAGGUCCGUAUGGAAGUGUUGCUGAGACACCAGCUGGUGGCAUCACUGAGCUUUCCUCAGGUUCGUGUCAAUGAUGGGGAGUGGCACCACUUGCUGAUUGAACUGAAAAGCAUUAAAGAUGGCAAGGACAUCAAAUACAUGGCAGCUGUUUCUCUGGAUUACGGCAUGUACCAGCAGAGGUCAGUGGAGAUCGGUAAUGACCUCCCAGGCCUGAAGCUGCAAACUCUUCAUGUUGGAGGUUUGCCCGGGGAGGGAAACCAUGUCAUCAGGGGAUUUGUUGGCUGUAUACAGGGUGUGCGUAUGGGUGAGACAUCCACCAACGUGGCCAAUGUGAACAUGGCUCAGGGCCUGAAGAUCCGUGUGGAAGAUGGCUGUGACCUUGCUGACCCAUGCGACUCCAACAUCUGCCCCGAGAAUAGCCAGUGCUAUGACGACUGGGGCAUGCACACCUGUGUGUGUGAGCCAGGUUACUUUGGUAAAGAGUGUGUGGAUGCCUGUAAGCUCAAACCCUGUGAACACAUUUCCACAUGUGUCCGCAAACCAAGCUCCUCCCACGGCUACACCUGCGAAUGUGGACAAAAUUACUACGGCCAGUACUGCGAAAACAAAGUGGAGGAGACGUGUCAUGAGGGUUGGUGGGGCAGUCCCAUGUGUGGACCCUGUAACUGUGAUACAAGCAGAGGAUUUCAUAAAAACUGCAACAAGACCACUGGAGAGUGCCGCUGCAAGGAUAACCACUAUCGUCCAGAGGGUGAGGACACUUGCUACCCCUGUGAUUGUUUCCCUAUUGGCUCUGAGUCUCGAACUUGCGACCCCGUCACUGGGCAGUGCCCCUGCAAGGGAGGAGUCAUCGGUCGCCAGUGUAACAAGUGCGAUAAUCCCUUUGCUGAAGUCACUCCCACUGGAUGCGAGGUGGUGUAUGAGGGCUGCCCAAAGGCCUUUGAUUCUGGCAUCUGGUGGCCCAAGACAAAAUUUGGACGCCCUGCUGCGAUGAACUGUCCCAAAGGAUCUAUUGGCACUGCCAUUCGCCACUGCAGUGAUGAGAAGGGCUGGCUGUCCCCUGAGCUCUUCAACUGCACCACCGUCACCUUUACCCAUCUGAAGAAACUGAAUGAAGAUCUCCGUCGCAACAGUUCAAGGAUGGACAGCGAACGCUCCAAGACCAUCGUGCGUUUGCUUCAAAGUGCCACCAAUAACACGUCACAUUACUACGGUAAUGAUGUGAAGAUGGCCGCCGAGCUUCUGAAUCACGUCCUGCAGUACGAGAGCCGCCAGGCGGGCUUUGAUCUCAGUGCUAUGAAGGACGCAGAGUUCAAUGAGAACUUGGUGCGAGCAGGCAGUGCCAUCCUGAGUCCCAACACCAAGGAGCACUGGGACCAAAUCCAGAGGACAGAUGGUGGUACCGCGCAUUUGCUCCGCAACUUUGAGGACUACGCCAACACACUGGCACAGAAUGUCCGAAAAACCUACCUGAAGCCCUUCACCAUCGUCACUGACAACAUGAUUCUAACUGUAGACUACUUGGAUGUGUCGAACCCAGAGAAGGCAACAUUUCCUCACUUCCGGGACAUCCAGGAGGCCUACCCCAAAGAGCUCGGCUCUUCUGUCCGCUUCCCACUGUUUAACCUCCGCACUCAGGGCCACAAAGCAGCAGAGCCCACUCCUGCCCCUCCAGCUCAGACAGAUCCUGUCCUAGAGGAGGAGCACACAGUUUCUGAUAGGAAACGGCGCCAUCUCGAGCCACCCGCCCCUCUGCCUGUUGCUGUGGUGAUAGUGUACAAGUCGCUGGGAAAGCUCCUUCCAGAAAGAUACGACCCAGACCGCAGGAGUCUGAGAGUCCCCAACCGUCCAGUGAUCAACACAGCCAUUGUGAGUGCCACGAUCCACAGCGAAGGUGAGCCUCUUCCUAACAUCCUGGACCCACCUAUCAUCUUGGAGUACACCCUGCUGGAGACAGAGGAGCGAACCAAGCCCGUCUGCGUGUUCUGGGACCACUCUGUCGGGAUCAGUGGUACAGGCGGCUGGUCCUCUAAAGGCUGCGAGGUGCUCAACAGGAACAACAGCCACAUUAGCUGUCAGUGUAAUCACAUGACCAGUUUUGCUGUGUUGAUGGACAUUUCAAAGAGAGAGCACGGCGAUGUCCUCCCUCUGAAGAUUGUCACCUACACCACAGUGUCUGUGUCCCUGUUUCUCCUCCUCCUCACCUUCAUCCUGCUGUGCCUCUUGCGCUGGCUCCGCACCAACCUCCACGCUAUCCACAAGAACCUGGUGGCAGCGCUCUUCUUCUCUGAGCUCGUCUUCCUCCUUGGAAUCAACCAGACAGACAAUGUGUUUGUGUGCACAGUGAUCGCCAUCCUCCUCCACUACUUCUACAUGUGCACCUUUGCCUGGAUGUUCGUGGAGGGGCUGCAUAUCUACCGUAUGCUGACAGAGCUUCGGAACAUCAACCACGGCCACAUGAGGUUCUACUAUGCCAUGGGCUGGGGCAUACCAGCUAUCAUCACUGGUUUGGCAGUUGGCCUUGAUCCUCAGGGUUAUGGAAACCCAGAUUUCUGCUGGCUUUCUGUCCACGACACACUCAUCUGGAGCUUCGCGGGGCCGAUCUUUGUGGUCGUCCUGGUGAACAUAGUGAUCUUUAUUCUCGCUGCCAAGGCCUCCUGUGGCCGCAGACAGAAGGCUGUAGAGAAGUCAGGAGCUAUUCCUGCACUACGAAUGGCCUUCCUCCUCCUGAUACUCAUCAGCGCCACCUGGCUGCUCGGUCUAAUGGCAGUCAACAGCGAUGUAAUGACUUUCCAUUACCUGUUUGCUGUCUUCAGCUGCUUGCAGGGAGUCUUCAUUUUCUUCUUCCACGUGGUUUUCAACAAAGAGGUGAGGAAAAACCUCAAGAACAUCUUCACGGGAAAGAAGAGCAUUCCAGAUGAGUCCAGCACCACAAGGGCCUCUCUGCUAACACGCUCUCUCAACUGCAACAACAUGUACACAGAGGACGGCGCAGUGUACCGUUCAGGCAUCGGCGAGUCUACCGUCUCAUUGGACAGGUCAGCCAAGAGCCGCAGUAGCUACCUGGCUUACUCACGCAGGGAGGAGUCUGGUCAGAAGCCCAGUGGCUCUUCAGGAGCAGCUAAAGGCCACACGGACCUGGAUGGAUCUCUGUUCCACAGGAAUGGCACCAAAGGAGAUGACUCUGACUCAGACAGUGAGCUUUCAGCUGAUGAACACAGCUCCUCCUACGCCUCCUCCCACUCCUCCGACAGCGAGGAUGAUGAUAUUGAUCCCAAGCCAAAAUGGAACAACGAGAGGCCCCUUCACAGCACCCCCAAAGGGCAAUCAGUGUCUAAUCACGUUAAGCCUUACUGGCCAGCAGAGCCCACCACAGCCAGUGACAGUGAAGAGCCAGGUGGGGCAGAGAGGCUGAGGGUGGAGACCAAGGUGAACGUGGAGCUGCACCCAGAGAACAAGCUCAACCACGUUGGUGAAAGAGAGAGGGAGGCCCUCCAGGAGAGAGACAGACAGACACCUACUAACGCGAAAGACUCAGCGCCUGCCAGUCAGCCUAACAGCAACCACCAACCAGAGCAGAGAAAAGGUAUCUUAAAGAACAAGAUCAGCUACCCUCCUCCACUGACCGACAAGAACAUGAAGAACCGUCUGAGGGAGAAGCUGAGUGACUACAACUCACCUACCAUCACCUCCCCUCCCCCCAACAACAACAACACCUCCUCCCCACCACCUCCCUCUGUCAACAUCAUGACUCCAUCGUCCCGGGCGCCUUCGUUGGCCUCCAACGAUGGAAGCCGACUUGGCAACCAUGACGGCGGCUCCCUCAUCAAACCGCCCGUCGCCCCGCGACCGCAGUUUCCAUCUGGGGCACCACCAGCGAGCAUCUACCGGGAGACAAACGGUGGAGUUGCCAUGCACUUGAAGUCAGGGACGGUCAACGGAGGCAACGAGUCAGACUCAGAUGGCAGUAACGAGACUUCGAUCUGACCUGUUAGGCAAACCCAGACCAGCCUGCCUUUGUGAGAGGAGGAACCAAAGAACCUGCCGGGUUGGGGCUGAGGGGACCAAGAGUCGAGAAAAAUGAAAGGAAAAGUUGAAGAUGGAGAGGCGUUGAAGUUUGGAUGAAGAGAAGAAGCGUUGCCUAAAGCCUGAUCUGUCCGCUCACGGCUCCUCUCAUGUUUCCUCUCUCUGGAGAGCAGUAUUAAAUUGCAGACGUUAGGACUGCCUUAGACAAGAAAACAAGCAGAGAUAAAGGAAAGAUGGGAGAGAUAAUAAAGGGAACGCUGUGCAGGACUCUAUCAAGAAAUGACACGGUUGAGCCAUGUGUGCCAAAACCACUAUAGGAAAUCAGGAGGAAGAGUUGGAAGAUGAAGAACGACCCCAGAAUGCAUUGCAGGCCCCAAAAUGAUGCUCCUCUCUAGUGGUGGUGAGGAGCCAGUGGGGGAUCAUUAUGUUCUUUUUCCUUAGGUGAAGUUAGAAAAAUGGCAGAUGUAUAAUUACUGUGCAUGAACCUUUACAAGCUGGUACAGUCGCAUUUGUAGUCCAAAAGGAUUUCAAGGACUACAGGUCCCUCAAAUGUCACACACAUCCUCUUCUCAGUGACUUCUGAACACUUCUGUCCAUACUGGGCGGAGCUAUCAAACACAAAGUGCUCUUUUUUUCUUCUUAAAGAAAGGCUUCAGCCUGUCGGUGUAUUUAGAGUGUAAUUAACAUGUAGAUAAUUUUAAAAGGUGAAGAAGAAAUGAUCUAUUUUCUAUUUCAGUUUUAACAAGGACAAAGUAGUGAAAUCACCUCGUAUGCUGGUCUGAUAGUCAGACAACGACAAAUCCAGGUGCCUUCAUGCUGAGCUGAGGCCUUACAAGCUCGCAGCAUAUUCACAGGCUGCUGCUGUUGUGUUCAAGUGCAUGUACACACACAAAAGCACGGCCUAAAUGAAGAGGAAUCCCACCCCACCCCACUGUUGAAAACUCUUCAGUUGGAGCGCUAUGAACCCGAAGCCUUGUUUUCCAGUGUGUGUCCUGCCUGUUUGUCCAAUGCGAGACACACUCCUGGUUACCAAAGUCAUGAGAUCUGUUAAAUGAGCAGAUUAGGGUUGGGCGUCAGUUCAGUUUAACUCAGAUUUAUUGUAGAAUCUUUAAAAGAACAAAGCAAUUUGUUACAUUUUAGUGUAAAAGUGAGAACCAGAUUGAGUACUCACUCAUGGAUCUGUACAGAAAUCGCAUAACUGAAGCAGCCUUUUAAUUACUAAAUUUCCAAAUCUGGGUUCAAACUGAAAAUGACAGCAGCUCUGAUGUAUUAUGCAGCUAGUAAAAGGUCAUUUACAGUCACUGAAUGCCUUUGUACCUUACAUCCUGUACACGCCCAGUGUUUCGCCCUUAUGUAAUCAAUGCUGUUGAUAGAAAUCUGUGUUUUUGUAUGAUCUGAGACACUGGAAAUGUUUUGUAACAUAAUGUAUAUUUAUUUUUUAUGGUUUCAAGACACUGGAAAGGAAAAAAAAAAAUAUGAUUGU